GUUACGUUGACCCAAACCGUCAUGGUUAACAAAAGUAUUGAAAGUGAAGAAAAUCUACCUUGUCAAGAUCCUUUUGUGAUAUUUACAGAUGCUGCGAACAAGGACUAUUUUGUAGAAAAUGAACAAAGUGGCAAUUUUGUUUUGAGGAGAAAGUUUAUUGGAAAGUUAAAAAUUAGCAGAACGAAUAAGCAUUUGGUAGCAAAAGAAAUAGAGCAGAACUUGGUUACAGGUGAUACCAAAUUAUGUAACCAAAGUGCAUCUGCUUUCACCACCAUCACUUCUUUGACAUCGACAACUUCUUCUUCUCCUUGCCCUCAUUCCCUCCUUUUCACGAAUACUACUUCCAUGAGCGUCAAAGGCAAAGAGCGUGCUUACCUCAAAUUGAGCAAGGACAUCAUUCAUGACGAGCAGGAAUCGAAUAAAUAA